GCUAGUAGACAGCUCUUCAGUUUUUGCUUAAAGCAAAGUGGAGCUCACUGCAGCAGACUGGAGUGCAUUCAUCCAAGGAAUACCGCUAACUAACUCCGUAGAAACGGAGAAAUAUUUUCGGGACGAAUCAUAAAGUUCCUGUCUUUCUGGAGCGUCGGAGGAAAAAUGAAUCGGAGUUUUAGUAAAACACAGCCACUGCGGUACUUCAAUUGUACUGCUGUCGAAGUUAAGAGCAAGUUUGGGGCAGAAUUCCGGCGGUUUUCCAUGGACCGAUCCAAACCCGGGAAGUUUCAGGAGUUUUACACUCUUGUCCUGACCUUGCACCAGCUCACCAACCUGGAAGUGAUGAUUGGCUAUGCAGAUGUCCACGGCGACCUGCUUCCUAUUAAUAAUGAUGAUAAUUUCUGCAAGGCUGUGACCAGUGCCCAUCCUCUGCUCAGAGUCUUCAUACAGAGACAAGAAGAAGUGGACUACAGUGACUUUGGUGGCAGCACCCUGGCACGGCGGAAGAAGGCGGGGGGGAUGCUGCGUAACGAUGUGGGCCGCAGGCUGCCGCAGAUCCGCAUCGGCGUGCCCCAGGACUUCCGGCCCGUGUCCUCCAUCAUCGACGUGGACAUCCUGCCCAAGUCCCACCGCCGCGUGCGUCUGUACCGCCACGGCUCAGACAAGCCCCUGGGCUUCUACAUCCGGGACGGGACCAGCGUAAGGGUCACGCCCCAGGGCCUGGAGAAGGUUCCGGGCAUCUUCAUCUCGCGCAUGGUGCCCGGCGGGCUGGCGGACAGCACGGGGCUGCUGGCCGUCAAUGACGAGGUUCUGGAGGUCAACGGCAUCGAAGUCAUGGGGAAAACGUUGGACCAGGUGACGGAUAUGAUGAUCGCCAACAGCCACAACCUGAUCAUCACUGUUAAGCCGGUCAACCAGCGGAACAACGUUAUGCGAGGCAGUCGCAUGUCUGGAAGUUCCGGCCGGUCUACGGACAGCAGUGGCUCUGCUGGUCACCUGGGCCACGCCAGACUGGCUGCGGAUGAGCUGGAGAGUGACGAGGACUCCGACAUCGUUAUCGAAAGGAGCCUCAAACGACCCUCCCGACGCUCCAACGCGUCCACCGUCUCCAACGCCUCCCGCGGGCGGACGCACACCCCGCCCGGCUCCCUCCGCCGCCCGGCCUCAGCCGUCAUCAGCAGCCAGUCACACCCCACCCACCACUCCCAGCCCAGCCUCAACGGGACAGCCAAUGGCAGCCUGAGCUUUAAGUCCCACAGAGACCCUGCUUACAGAAGCAGUCCUGCCCUGAGAGAGAGCAACAGUAGCCUGCACCAGAUCCUGCACACCCUGCGGACAGACCCGCGACACAGUCUGGCACUGCCCAGCGGAGGGGUAGAGGAGGAUGGCACUGUCAUCACGCUCUAGAGCACCCCCCGAACACUCUCAUGACUGACAAACAUCAGCACUUUUAUAAAUAUCAAAAACACUUUUACAAACUGAGGCCAAUACAGGCUUCUUGUGUGUAUAAAUAUUUUUAUGUACCAUGAAUUACCUUUCUUAAAUAAGUGGAUGUAGUAUUUUUAGCAGCAGUAUAUGCAUCUAGUAUGCAUCAUUUAAGUGCAUUGUAAUGUGAAAGGAAUUUUCACUCAUGUAAAGGGGACCAACAGUCAGGGCCUGUUAUCAUUUGUCAAAAGAUCGGUCAUUACUCUUGGUGGUUGCCUUUAUUAGGGCAUUUAAACAUAGCCUUGAUAGUUAUGUAUUCAUAUUUCAUAUAAAUGUUUUUAGUACAAUGAGUAGUAGUCAGUGUUCCAGUGUUGUCAAAUACACUGGGAUGAAUUAAUUCAUAUUAUGUUAUGCGGUACAGUACAGAAACAAAGUUCAGUUCAGAGACACUGUUCAAAACUUAAAGAUUAAUCUUUCUUAAUUAUGAAACAUACAGGAGCUCUGCUUUUAGGUCAUGCUUGUUUUUCAAGCAAACAGAAAGGUUAGCUGUGUUCUUAGUGUUAUGUGGAAAGGGGGCCUCUUUACCACAUGUUAGUUACCUCCAGUGUAUACCUUUAUGCUUCCUUGGCUAUGAAUUUACCUGGGACCUAAUGAGAUUCAUGUGAAAUACAGUCAACUCCAGAAUUAUUGGCACCCUUGAUGAAUAUGCACAAAAAAUACUGUUAACUUAACUAAAAAAUAAUACCGCUGUUGACAUAAACAUUUCCUGAUUUUCUUCUGAAUUUCCUGGUACUGCUGAAUUUAUUAUGCCAUUGAUCUUAAAUUGUGCCCCUGGACCACUGGCAACAAAACAUCCCCAAAUAAUCAAUGACCCACCUCCAUAAUUGACAGUGGGUAUGAGGUGCUUCUCUUUGUAUGCAUUCCUCUUUUGCCGCCAAACACGUUGAUGGUUUGUACGGCCAAAAAGUGCAUCUUUCCAUAGCACUCUCUCGAGUCAUAAUUCCAAUGACGCUUGGCAAAGUCCAGAUGCUUGGUUUUGUUUAUUGUGCUCAGCUGUUUGUGUUAUUUCUGGCACCUUAACAAAGAGUUUGCUGUGUGGAGCUGGAAUUGUAUUAUUAUUUUUGAGACUUGGUGAUCCUUGGGUUUCUAUGGUCUGACAAAAAUGAUUUUAUGGAUGACAAAAGGAUUUUGCAUGCUUUUCAUACUCGAUUGAAACAGAAAGUGAUGGAAUGGCACCAUAUAGUUCAUUUAGACUGAAAUUAGCUAAAUUAGUAUCAUUGCCAAUUAACCUUUUUUUGCAAUAAUUCUAUUUACAAUAAUUGUUUUAGGUUUAAAAAAAAAAAAGAUUAUUAAUGAAAACAUUGAAACAUGAGAGUAAAUGGAUUGAAAUAAAAGUAUAUAGUUUUCCCAUAUAUUUGAAUAUGCUAUAGCUAUGGAUUAUAUGUUUAUGAUAUGCAGCCAUUUUCCUUCAUUUUUAUCAAGUAAUUCUGGAGCUGACUGCAUGUCCCUGUUGUAAGUGUCCCCUGACUACAAGUGAAUCUACAAUCUGAAUACAGUACUACACAUUGGCAUUGCUUACUGAGAUAAUGUCACUUUGUUAUGUUGAUGUUGUUAUUGCUGUCGUGUUUAAUGAACAUGAUUUGACUCAAACAAAGGAAAAACUUUAUUUCCGAAUUUGAGAUAAAUAUAGGAAAGUGUUCUUUUAAAAGUUGUUAAUUCACAGCAAGAUGGCAAUGUAUAUGUUCAAUGUUCACUAACCAUAAACCCGAGAUCUAUUGCAUAGUGGGGAUAGUUGUCUUAAAUGAUGUACAGAAGGCCUUACAGUGUUUGGUGUUUGGUGUCUGUAUUUUAAAGUGGUGAUUUCAGGAGAUAUAAUGCAGAGAAAUGUCCUUUAAGAAUUUAUCAUGAGAGCAAGUAAAAAUGUUCUGGUUUCAGCACUCAGUAUUUUUGUACAGUACAGAUAUUUGUUAAUGACUCCUGUUUUAUUUGUAAAUGCUUGGAAUUGAUUCUAUGUCUGCCCAUGACUUUUUUAGGGUCGAUUCCAUGGGUCAAAAUGUAACGUUCGAUGGUCAAAAGCAACUGUUCGUUUCAGAUUACACAAUGGCGCAUCCUCAUGGACAGACAUGUCAGAGAGUACCACCUGCUGGUAGGAGGGAAUACUAUUUUGCUUCGGCUCCACAUUACCUCCCCGUGGCAAAAUAUUACAUCUUUUUAUUUAUCAUCGAAGAAUUUUCCUGGAAAUUAUUUUGUGUGUCUCCAUUCUCCAUUGUUUUCCAUUGUACCUUGUGUUUGUUUUAUUCAGAAAGAAGUUGAUAUAUUUCUCACCUGUGCCAUCUUCAAAAACAAAAAACACUGGCACCAGCAUGGAAUGUCAGUCGGGAGUCCUGCCUUGAGGAAAGUUACAGUAUCAAUCUUGCAUUUCAUUAAAUAAAGUAAAAAGUGAGACAGCCAAAGCCUACAGAAGAACUGUGGCAAGUUGUCCUAAAUGGUUGGAUGGUCGAUUUCCGAUUUUCUUAUAAAACUGCAGGACAGUGUACCUAAGAGAAUUGAUGCAGUUUUAAAGGCGAAGCGCCGGUUAUACAAAAUAUUGAUUUAAAGUAUUUACUGCUAUAGUAAAUUUAGAUAUUUGGAACCUUUCGUUUUAUAUUUUAGCUACUGUAUAGUUGUUUUUGUUUUUUUACAGGUGCCAAAGACUUUUGCACAGUAGGCUAUUGUACAUGUGUGAUGCACGUGUGAGCCUUUUACAGUGAACCUUAAGACACAAAUGUAAAUAUUUACACACAUCCACUCAUCCUUUGUUCAAGUAACUUUUUUUUUCAUCUCUUUCAUUACUAUUUUUUCUAGAUUUUUCCAAAACUGAUUGGAGCACACAAUUGGUAAAAAGCCAAAGCCAUACACAUAAUUAAGUGUUACCCCCAUUGCCCCCCUUCCCGGUUAAUUGUUCAUGAAUGUCACUUUCUUACUUCGCAUUCACAUUAUUUUGUUUCACUUAACCAUAAAUGUUUCCUCUGCUUUUGUAGACAAGAUGGAGUAAUCAGUCACUGUCGGAGAUGAGAUAAACCUUUGGUCAAUUGUGAUUGUUUACUGAAAAUAAUGUACAUAAUUCCAUGCCACUGUUUAUUGAAUGUAUUUUGAAUAUUUUGUAAAGAGGAGUUUUAAUAAAGACACUUAAGAUUAGA